UGCAAGUUCUAGUAGUUUCCUUGUCUUAGCACAUUAGACAAGACAGGAAGUUGACAAACUGUUCAACAUAGUUCAUGCACUAGUUUUGUCAUAAAAGUUAGUCUUACCUAGUUAAAACAGCAAUAAAUAAAUAAAUAAAAAUGUUGAACCCCAACCGUAACUUCCCCCAUCGCCUCGUCUUUGGAGCAUAGUGAGAGAGGUUAAUCGCAGGAUGUGUUUCAACAAGUCAGGGAACAAGAGCUGCCUGUACAUUGAUGCCCACAAAGAGUCACAAUCUAUGCUUGCUUCAUAUUCCAUAGUUGAAGCCUAAUGAAUGACUAGAUUCUUUCUUUCACCUAAUAAUCUAGAUGGUAGUCCAUUUACGUUGAAGUUGGAGUUAAACCAAUGGGAGUAGUAGUAGUAGCCAGGCACAUGAUAGUCGAAGGUUUUGUUUGCUUUCCUGUUAUUGAUCUUUUCUUCGUUGUUUGUUUUUUCUGCACAAGAGAAUUAGUAUAAAGACCACGAGCUUUAAGUUUUGAACAUCUGUUAAGGAGUAUUGCACAUUUUUCUAACAGAAGACGCUUAAUUGGGUUCCAUUUUGCUGAAAACUUUUUAUUUAUUUAGAAUUUGGGCCAUAAUACUUUAUCUAUCGAAAAAUUUGUUCAUAUAUUUGGUGAACUUAUGUUCUUAUUGUUAUUUAAUGGUUGUCCACACAGGCAUUGAAGUGAAAUUCUGCUAUUUCUGGUUUGGUUGGGUUAUUUUACUGCAAAAUGGCUUCUAAUACUACAGUCGAAUGUGCGCCACCCAUGAAAGCCACAUCUGAUGGGGCCUUUCAAGGGGACAAUCCUCUUGAUUAUGCACUACCUCUUGUGAUGUUGCAAAUAUGCCUCGUUGCUGUGCUAUCCCGAGUGCUCGCCUAUCUUCUCAGACCAUUAAGACAACCACGUGUGAUUGCUGAGAUAGUUGGAGGAGUCUUACUUGGUCCUUCCGCCUUAGGGCGCAACCAUAAGUAUCUUCAUGCUCUUUUUCCACCCAGAAGCCUUACAGUUUUGGAUACCCUUGCCAACCUUGGUCUUCUCUUCUUUUUGUUCCUUGUUGGCCUUGAGCUGGAUCCAAGGUCUCUAAAACGUACUGGGAAAAAGGCAUUAAGCAUUGCCCUUUCUGGAAUUAGUGUUCCAUUUAUUUUAGGAAUCGGGAGCUCAUUUGUGCUUCGAGAAACUAUUUCCAAAGGUGUAAGUCACGGUCCAUUUCUGGUUUUUAUGGGAGUGGCACUUUCUAUCACUGCCUUUCCUGUCUUGGCACGAAUUUUGGCAGAACUUAAGCUUUUAACCACCGAUGUUGGUCAAAUAGCCAUGUCUGCUGCAGCAGUCAAUGAUGUGGCUGCUUGGAUUCUACUUGCUCUUGCUAUUGCCCUAUCAGGCACCGACAGUUCUCCCCUCGUUUCAUUGUGGGUCUUCUUGUGCGGGUUAGGUUUCGUAGUUAUAUGCAUAUUUAUAGCCCCACCUAUCUUCAAAUGGAUGGCACGACGCUGCCCUGAGGGUGAGCCAGUAGAUGAGUUAUACGUAUGUGCUACAUUGGUUGCUGUUUUGGCUGCCGGAUUUGUGACUGAUUCUAUAGGAAUUCAUGCUCUCUUUGGGGCUUUUGUUCUUGGAGUUCUUGUUCCGAAGGAGGGACCCUUUGCAGGAGCUCUUGUGGAAAAGGUUGAGGAUCUUGUGUCUGGCCUGUUUCUUCCUUUAUACUUUGUCUCAAGUGGACUGAAGACAAAUGUAGCCACCAUUCAAGGAGCUCAGUCAUGGGGUCUUCUCGUUCUGGUCAUUUUUACUGCUUGUUUCGGAAAGAUUGGUGGUACUAUUGUCGUCUCGCUGCUCUACAAGAUGCCUUUUAAAGAGGCGGUUAGUCUGGGUUUCCUCAUGAACACUAAAGGUUUAGUGGAGCUCAUUGUCCUUAACAUUGGGAAAGACCGAGGUGUUCUGAAUGAUCAAACAUUUGCCAUCAUGGUUUUAAUGGCUUUAUUCACGACAUUUAUAACAACGCCUCUUGUUAUAUCCGUAUACAAACCGGCUCAAAUGGCUACCUCACAAUACAAGAACAGAAUGAUUAAGAGGAAGGACUCAAACAGUCAACUCCGAAUACUGACCUGUUUCUUGAGUACAAGAAAUGUUCCCACAUUGAUUAAUCUCAUGGAGGCUUCACGUGGCAUUGGAAAGAGAGAAGGACUUCGUGUCUAUGCCAUGCACCUGAUGGAGCUUUCCGAAAGGUCAUCUGCAAUACUAAUGGUUCAUAAAGCAAGGAAAAAUGGGAUGCCAUUUUGGAAUAAGUGGCAAGAUUCUGAUCCUAACCAAAUAAUUGUUGCUUUUGAGGCAUUCCAGCAUCUUAGCCAAGUGUCUAUCCAACCAACAAUUGCAAUCUCAGCAAUGUCUAGCAUGCACGAGGACAUCUGUUCGAGUGCUGAGAGGAAGAGAGUAGCAAUGAUAAUUCUCCCAUUCCAUAAGCAUCAGAGAUUUGACGGACAUUUGGAAACAACACGAGCUGACUUGGCACAUGUAAACAGGAGGGUUCUUGAGCAUGCGCCGUGUUCGGUUGGUAUUUUAGUUGAUCGGGGGCUUGGUGGUACUUCACAUGUAUCUGCAAGUAAUGUUGAGUAUACUAUUGCAGUCUUGUUCUUUGGAGGCCAUGAUGAUCGUGAAGCUCUUUCGUAUGGUGCACGAAUGGCCGAGCACCCUGGCAUCAAUUUGAAUGUUGUUCAAUUUAAUACAGACCCUAAGGCAGUUGGGGAGAGUGUCAAGCUAGAUAUUAAAGAUCAAGAUCAUCCCGAAGCUAGAGUAGAGGAUGAAGAAUUUCUUGCGGUGUUUAAGGAGAAAGUAUCAAAGGACAGUUCAAUUAAAUUUGAAGAGAGGAUGAUAAAAGAUGCUCAGGAAACUAUUGACGUGAUUUGCUCAUAUAGCCGUUGCAAUCUGUUUCUCGUAGGGAGAAUGCCGGAGGGUCAAUUGGUGACAGCUCUUAACAGGAGGAGGGAGUGUCCAGAGUUGGGACCAGUCGGAAAUUUGUUAAUUUCCCCAAAUUUUUCGACCACAGCAUCAGUUCUGGUGGUGCAGCAGUACCGGAGCCAGCUUCCUCUGGAAUCACUGAAUUCUCUUAAGGAGGAUGACAUGACGGAGGGCGAAUACGAUUCGCAGUAAUUGUCUUUUCUAUACUGAUUUUCAAUCAUAUGUAUAGAUUAGUCUUCAAAGUACGAAGCUCAUACAUACAUAAAUGCACUAUCUCUUGAUCUUGCCUUUUCAUUUCUGUUAUGUAGUUCAGUAAAAUGCAUAAUAAAAUU